AUGCAGCCCACUGAGCAACCCCACUUUCAGGAGCCCGAGCAUCAUCUGGAUCAAAUACCCGAAAAUGCUGCUGUCUCAGAAGAUGUUUCCUCGAGCGCGCCGACUGACUCAAACAUUGUAGAUAGCCUUAGGAAGACGCCUCAGCAUCCCCACCACGAACAUGCACCACAUCACGGUCGUCCGCGACGCGGUUCCAGCGUCUCCCACGUGGACGUAGACUUCUUUGAUCGACCCGGCUUCAAUGAGCUUCAGCGAACCUUGACGGAGAUAUCGCGUCACAGGAGGGAGCAGCACAAGGAGGACACAGAGAGUUCCACCGAUUCGGAUGUGACAUUGGCUUUGGGAGAUGGUCCCUUUGAUUUGGAGAGGACGGCGCGGGCUAUAGUGAUCAAGCGCGAGGAGGCUGGUAUCAAGAAGCGCCACCUUGGUGUGCUAUUCAAGGACCUGCGCGUGGUGGGCAUCGGUGCAUCCGCAUCGCACUUGCCUACGCUUGGCAGUGUCUUGAACCCCGCCUUGAUAUUCGAAAGCAUACAAACCGCACGUCACCCGCCUUUGAAGGACAUUCUUAGCGGGUUCGAAGGAGUUGUUCGUCCAGGGGAAAUGCUUCUGGUCUUGGGGAGUCCUGGAUCGGGAUGUAGCACUCUUCUCAAGAAUCUGGCCAACCAGCGCGGCGAGUACCAUCACGUUUAUGGUGACGUCCAUUACGACUCCUUGACCCCUGAAGAAGUCGCCAAGCACUAUCGCGGCGACGUGCAAUAUUGUCCUGAAGACGAUGUCCACUUCCCCACCCUCACAGUCGGGCAGACCCUUGCCUUCGCCGCCACCACUCGUACUCCGCAGACCAGAAUCUCCGAGACCCGAGAGGAACACGCCAAUUUCAUGACGACGCUGUCCACCACCGUUUUGGGUUUGAGACACACGCUCAAUACAUAUGUUGGAGAUAACGCUAUCCGUGGCGUCAGUGGUGGAGAGAAGAAGCGUGUCUCCAUCGCGGAAGCAAUGGCCAUGCGUAGCUGCAUCAACGCCUGGGACAAUUCCACUCGCGGUCUCGAUUCCUCGACUGCCUUGGAAUUCGGACGAGCUCUCCGCAUUACGACUGAUAUCGACAGGAAUACCACUAUCGUCUCGAUCUAUCAAGCCAGCGAGAAUCUUUAUCGCCUCUUUGAUAAAGUCUGCGUUAUUUAUGAAGGUCGUAUGGCUUAUUUCGGUCCCGCUGAUCGUGCGAGGCAAUAUUUCGUCGACAUGGGCUACGAGCCUGCCAAUCGACAGACAACGCCCGAUUUCCUCGUCGCCGUCACCGACGCCAAAGGCCGUAUCCCUCGGGCUGGUAUCACCAAUCAGCCUCGCAGCGCCGCUGAAUUCGCGGAGCACUUCCAGAAGUCCGAACUAGGUGCGCUCAACAAGGAGGAUAUAGAGUCAUACUACAGCGAGUUCGUCGGAUCGCCGAAGAUGGCCGAACACUACAAGGAGAGCGCUAGGCAAGAACGCGCAAAGACCGCUAGGAAGAUGAGCCCGUAUACGAUCUCUGUCCCCAUGCAAAUCCGCGCCGUAAUGCUUCGCCGGGUGCAGAUCCUGAUGGGUAACAAGACAGCUACCUUGAUGAAUUUGGUGUCUUUCAUUUUCCAAGGUAUCAUCAUGGGCACGGUAUUCCUCAAGAUUCCGGAGUCAACGGAUGCAUAUUUCUCUCGUGGCGGUGUUCUUUUCUUUCUUGCCGAGCUUUCUUCCCUCUUCCAGCAACGUCCCAUCGUUCUGAGACAUCAGAAAGCCGCACUAUACCACCCUUUUAUCGAAGCCGUCGCCCUCACAAUCGUUGACUUGCCUAUUACCUUCCUCACUAGCGCGUUCUUCGCUGUUCUCCUCUAUUUUAUUGUUGGACUACAGACAUCCGCCAGUCAAUUCUUUGUUUUCUAUUUAUUCUUGAUUACGCUGGCUUUGACGAUGAAAGCAUGGUUCAGGGCCAUUGCUGCAGCCUUCAAGUCUGAAGCUACGGCUCAGUCAGUCUCUGGUAUCAUCUUGCUUGGGCUUGUUAUCUACACCGGUUAUACCAUCCCGAAAUCCUAUAUGAUCGGCGCCUUGAGGUGGAUUACCUACAUCAACCCCCUUCGAUAUGGAUUCGAAUCCGUGCUGUCGAACGAGUUUCGCACUUUGAAUGGAGCUUGCGCAAACCUCGUUCCUCAAGGCCCCGGCUACGAGAACAUCAGUCUUGACAACCAAGUUUGCGCUACAGUCGGUGCCGUCUCGGGCCAGAAUACCGUGGAUGGCAACGUGUUCAUCGAACUGUCGUACGGGUACUCGUAUUCCAAUACCUGGAUGAAUUUCGGCAUUAUCCUUGCCUUCGGCAUCGCGUUCAUCUUCGCCCUCCUUAUAUUCACCGAGUACAAUACGGCUCUUUCAACAGAUACCUCAGUGGUCCUCUUCAAGCGUGGCUCUAAAGCAGCUGGGUCGAUUGCCAAGGGUGACGACGAGGAGAAGAAUGAGAAAUCCAAUGCCGGCAUCCGCGAUCUCGCGUUGUCCAAGGAGGAAAAAAGUAAAGAUCAACUAGCGAAAGCUGAAGAGAUGACGGACAUCUUCUCCUGGCAACACCUCAACUAUACUGUCCCCGUCAAGGAAGGCACUCGGCAGUUGCUGGAUGACGUUUCGGGCUAUGUUGCUCCAGGCAAGCUUACGGCCUUGAUGGGCGAGUCAGGGGCGGGGAAGACUACGCUGCUUAACGUCCUUGCCAAACGAGUUACCAUGGGCAUCGUCACAGGCCACGAAUUUGUUAAUGGACAUCCUCCCCCCGCCGACUUCCAAGCGCAAACUGGAUACUGCCAGCAGCUAGAUACGCAUGUUCCAACGGACACCGUCCGUGAGGCUCUUCUUUUCUCGGCGAAGCUUAGGCAACCUGCUUCGGUACCCAUUUCAGAGAAGGAAGCUUACGUCGAAACAUGCAUCAAGAUGUGUGGUUUAGAAGGUGUUGCGGACGCCUCCGUGGGUUCCCUUGGUAUUGAACAUCGUAAACGGACCACCAUCGCAGUCGAGUUGGCCGCAAAGCCUAAGCUACUGCUCUUCCUCGACGAACCAACAUCUGGUCUGGACUCUCAAAGCGCGUGGGCAAUCAUGUCUUUCCUUCGCGACUUAGCGGACCACGGGCAAGCUAUCUUGUGCACGAUCCAUCAGCCAUCGGCCGAGCUCUUCCAAGUCUUUGACCGUCUUCUGUUGCUCCGCAAGGGCGGGCGAACCGUGUACUUCGGCGAUGUCGGUCAACGUUCUACGACCCUGAUCAAUUAUUUCGAGAAAAAUGGAUCGCGAAAGUGCGACGACGAGGAGAAUCCUGCGGAGUUCAUUUUGGAUGUUAUCGGAGCUGGCGCAAGUGCAUCUACUGACAAAGAUUGGCACGCCAUUUGGGAAAGCUCUCCCGAAGCACAAGACGUACAAAGGGAAAUCGAAGAAAUUCAUUCCCACGGAAGGAGUAAAGGCGCUGUGGAGGCUGCUCUUCAAACGAAAUUUGCUUCGUCUUGGUUCUUCCAGACCAAAGAACUCCUUCAACGCGACUUGAGGAACCACUGGCGCGAUCCAACCUACCUCAUUGCUAAAUUCGUUCUGAACAUCACGGCCGGCCUCUUCAUCGGAUUCACAUUCUUCAAAGCCAAGAACACUCAACAAGGAACACAGAAUAAACUUUUCGCUAUCUUCAUGGGCACUAUUCUCUCUGCUCCUCUGUCAAAUCAGUUGCAGGCCCCUUACAUCGCAAUGCGCAACAUCUACGAGAUCCGUGAAAGACCGACGAGGAUGUACAACUGGACAGCUCUUAUCACAUCUCAAGUCCUAGCCGAACUACCUUGGAACAUCCUAGGUUCUUCACUGUACUUCCUCUGCUGGUUUUGGACCGUUGGUUUCCCCAACGAUCGCGCCGGAUACACUUACCUCAUGCUUGGAAUCAUCUUCCCCCUCUAUUACACCACGUUCGGCCAAGCCAUCGCCUCCAUGGUAUCCACUACCGAGCUGGCUGCGAUAUUGUUCAGUUUCUUGUUCAGCUUUGUGAUCACUUUCAACGGUGUCCUACAACCAUUUCGGUUACUUGGCUGGUGGCAAUGGAUGUACCGCCUUUCCCCCUUCACGUACCUCAUUGAAGGGUUACUUGGCCAAGCCCUCGGUCGCAGCCCAAUUGUCUGCUCCGACAUUGAAUACGUCACCGUCGACCCCCCUUCUGGUCAAACAUGUGGCCAAUUCUUUGAGCAAUACAUUUCGGGGGCUGGCGGUUACUUGCGCGAUCCAAGCGCUUCCUCUGGAUGCCAGUUUUGUUCUUUCGCCACCACCGAUGAAAUGCUCGGUGUCAGCUUCAAUAUCUCCUACGAUCAUAGAUGGAGGAACGUUGGCAUCAUGUUCGCCUAUAUCCUUUUCAACUUCGCUGGCAUCUACUUCCUCACAUACUUGUUCCGCAUCCGAAGACGCAGUAUCUUCGCCUCCCUCAAAGCUCGCUUUUCACGAUCAUGA